GAUCUGCUUACCAGCUUUAUUUCCUUCUCUGUUUUUUUCCAUUAUACUUUGAACAGUUAUUUUGAGAAGCAGAAGGCAGAGUGGCAGAAGGAGCCACAUGAGCCCGCCAUCCCAGAAUCUCUUGCUGCAGCUGCAGCAGCUGCGCAGCAGCUUCAGGUGUCCAGGAAGCAAGACGCCCGGCAGACAGCCACCUUCAGGCAGCAGCCGCCACCCAUGAAGGCAUGCUUGUCCUGCCAUCAGCAGAUCCACCGCAACGCUCCCAUAUGUCCGCUGUGCAAGGCCAAGAGCCGCUCCCGCAACCCAAAGAAGCCGAAGAGGAAACCAGAUGAGUAGAUCCUUCUUCCAACUUCAACUUCUCGGUCGGGUUUAAACCGCUCCAAUGCACUGAUCUUGGAUCAGCCAGAUUUAUUCCCUCCACAUGACUGACAUAAAAAAAAAAAAAAAAGAAAAGAAAAAAAAGCUGUGAGCUUGAGGACGAUUUCAACACUCUCUCUGUUUCAGUAAAUUGUUUCAGUAUUGUCAGCGCUUAAUUGUGAAUUCAGUGAUGUCAUUCAAGUCGUCUGUGUUUUCAUUCGUUUGGAUGUGUUUACUCUAUGUAAAUGUGUGACUUCCACCGUAGUGUACUAGCUCCCUGAAUAGUGUGUUGCAAUAAUGCAAAGUGAACUCAUCCAAAUACUGUUGCCAUUGUUGCUCCUGUUUGCUUUUAAUCAUUCUUCUGCAGUGCAUGCCAUGACUAUUGUGUAGGUUUUGUGACAAUGUAAAAUGACAUGGUUUCUCUAAGUUAAAUACAGUUACACUAUUGUUUUAUGUUUACAGUCAAAAUGAAAGAGGGAAAAAAACAUG